AUGUCUGUUCUUACUGGGGAAUCUGUGCUAAUCACCGGGGCGGCUCAAGGCAUCGGGCUGGCUGCCGCGCAUUCCUUUGCUAAAUUUGGUGCCAAGAAGCUCGCGCUGACCGAUGCCAACAACGACGUUUUGCAGGCCUCCGUUAAGGAAUUGCGUGUCAAGUACCCCGAUAUUGAGGUUCUUGGAAUACAGGUCGAUGUCCGCAGCGCUGAGAAGAUCAGGGCUGCUUUCAAGGCUGUCGUAGAGAAAUUCGGAAGGCUUGACAUUGCUAUCAACAAUGCCGGCAUCCGAGGUCCCAUCGACAUGACGGACCAGGUCGAGGAGGCAGACUGGUUGAACCUCGUUGACAUCAACCUCAACGGGGUUUGGAGGUGCCAGAAGGAGGAAUUACGCAUCAUGGCGGCACAAGAGGACCUGGGAUUGCGUAGAGGUCGCGGAAGCAUCUUGAACCUCGCUUCUACUUGGGGCGUCUGCGCACCCCAAAAGGGGCUGCCGCACACCGCUUACACCGCGGCAAAGCACGGUGUUGUCGGUCUCACAAAAGCCGACGCCGUUGCCUACGGCCCGCAAAACAUUCGCGUCAAUGCGAUUUGCCCUGGGUUUGUCAAAUCCGCGCUACUCGACAGCGUCUUGGCUCAAGGGGAUGCCACGCCGCUGAAGAAGGUUGUGGAUGAUAGUGCAUUGGGUCGUGUAGCCGAAGUUGAGGAGGUUGCGGAUUCUAUCGUUUUGUUAGCUUCUCCUCUCAAUAGUUUUAUGCAGGGAUCCAUUGUUCUGGUUGAUGGUGGCAUCACCCUAAGUUAA